UUACAGUUGCUUACAUUUAACAUUUCAACACCUCCCAAGUGAGGGGAAGAAGGACCUUAUUUCAUUGGACUCUUUUCACAGAAAUCUUGUUGAAUUGCUACUUUUUAAAAAUCUUUUUUUUUGUACUUCACCAGCAAAACUGCCAAGAUGUCUAAGGUAGCCAAAUACAGAAGGCAAGUCAGUGAAGAUCCAGACAUUGACAAUUUAUUGUCGACUCUGUCUCCGGAGGAGAUGGAAGAGCUAGAAAAAGAGCUGGAUGCAUCUGACACAGACGGAAGCCUUCCUGUGGGGCUCGGGCAGAAAGACCAAACUGACAAGCAAACGAGUGGGAAGUACAAGAGAGAAAAGGAGUCCAAGAAGUCUUUUCAGAAGGAAAAGGCAGAGGAUGAAGAGAAGCCAGUGGAGAAAAAAGAAAGAAAGAUUAUUGAAGAAAAACAUAAGGAUAUUCACGGCAAAGACCUGAGAAGAAACAGAUCUUCUGACCUAGCAAAAGAAUGUAAAAAAGAAGAAAAUAUCCAGAAAGCAAAUCAAAAAGCAAAGGAUGAGCCAGACAGCACCAAGAGAACUGGACAGGUCAAAGAAGAUAAGUCCUCCAAGGAUGAAAAGAAGGUCUCAAAGGAAAAAAACAAAAUGGAGGACAAAAAUACAACUGCCAAAGUGAGAGGGGAAGAAAAGAAUACAACACCAAAAAACAAACUAGCUGAAGACAAAGGAAAAGAGGAGAAGGCAGCUGAUUUAAAGCGAGGCACUGAGAAGGCAGAAGACAAAAAAGGAACAGGGAGAACAGGAGAUAAAAGUUCAACUUUAAAGCAAGGUUCAAAGACAGGAAGUGAAGAGAAAUCACCCAGAGAAGGCAAAGGAGCCUCAGAGGGGAAAAGCUCUAAACCAACUGAGGAGAAAUUGUUGAGAGACAGCAAAGUCACCUCAGAUGGGAAAAGUUCUAAACAAGAGCAAGAAACUAUAAAGGAGAUGACUCCUGAUGGCAGCUCCCCUAAAUCUGUAGAGACUUCUUUCAACCAGAACAAGGAAGAGGAAGCCACCAGUAUCUUUGAUGAGCCAUUGGAAAAAGUGAAGAAUAAUGACCCAGAGAUGAUAGAGAUUAAUGUCAAUAACUCUGACUGUAUCAACAAUGAAAUCCUGGUGCGCUUUGCUGAAGCCUUAGAAUUCAACACUGUGGUCAAGGUCUUUGCAUUGGCCAACACCCGUGCUGAUGAUCAUGUUGCCUUUGCCAUAGCCAUAAUGCUGAAGUCAAACAAGACUCUGACCAGCAUAAAUCUAGACUCUAAUCACAUAACAGGUAAAGGGAUCCUUGCCAUCUUCCGCGCAUUGCUACAGAACAAUAUCCUGACAGAGCUGCGCUUUCACAACCAGAGGCAUAUUUGUGGAGGGAAAACUGAGAUGGAGAUAGCCAAGCUGCUGAAAGAAAAUACCACCCUGCUGAAGCUGGGUUACCACUUUGAGUUAGCAGGACCCCGCAUGACAGUCACCAACCUCCUGAGCAGGAACAUGGACAAACAACGACAGAAACGUCUGCAGGAGCAGAAGCAGGCUCAAGAAAAGGGAGAGAAGAAGGAUUUCCUGGAGGUGCCAAAAGUGGGAGGCCUGCCAGCUAGCUCACCGAAGGCUUCUCCAAAGCCAUCCCCUAAAACAUCCCCCUGGUCUUCUCCUAAACCUUCUCCUAAGAAAGCAGGAGCCCCAGACGCACCUCCCCCCCCUCCCCCUCCUCUGGCCCCUCCUCUGGCCCCUCCCCUGAUCAACGAGAACUUAAGGAAUUCUCUUUCCCCAGCAACUCAGAGGAAGAUGGUAGAAAAAGCUCUUCCACCACAAGAGAAGAACUCUCGGGAUCAGCUUCUGGCUGCCAUUCGCUCCAGCAACCUCAAACAGCUGAAGAAGGCAACCUUACCGCCAAGGCCAAGCCAAGCACUUCCGCCAGGGGGCGAGAGAGGCCGUCAGACCCGCUCUAGUUCCGGCAGCAGCCAAAGGCCCAGGGGCAUCGCUGCCUGCGCCGCUUGGGAGCUGGUUGCUGCGGGGUGCAUGCCUGCGCUGCGCUCCUUUGCUGCCCUCUCGUGUUUUGGGGCGGCCGCCGGGCAGGCUGCGGUGGAGAGCGAUGAGCCCCCCCGGCUGGCUGGCGGGGGCGGCUGCUGCGGUCGUCGGUGGGCGCUGCAGCGGCAGGGGAGCGGCGGCGGCAUGAUGGCCGGGCGGCGCGGUCUGCUGAAGCGCAAGCCUAACUUCACGCUGCAGGAGAUCGACAUCCUCAUGAGCGAGGUGCUCAAGUACGAGCAGCCGCUCUUCGGAGCCGCCUCCGGCAACGUGAAUGCCUACGAGAAGCAGAAGAUCUGGAGGCGUCUCACCAGCAAGAUCAACGCGGCCGGGCGCAACCAGCGCGACAUCGGCGAGGUCAAGAACCGCUGGCGGAGCCUGCGACGCCGCGCCAACGACAAGAUCACCCGGCAUCGCCUCCUGCAGCGCCAGGUGAAGCCCUAG